AUAAUAUAAAAACUGAUGCUCUUUUCGAAAAAUGGACACGUUGAUUUGUCGAGAAACUUACGGAUCUCGGUCGGAUCCAAGGGAUUAUAUGUGUAAUAAUGAUGGUAAAAUAUUGGAGUCACGAUCUUCUAAUAGAGGACUGUCAUUUUUGCUCCACUUUUUUCGGGUUGUGUUUCUCCCCCAAGGCUAUCCAGACAGUGUGAGCAAAGACUACUUAGAAUAUCAGAUCUGGGACACUGUACAGGCUUUUAGUAGCAGUAUUACUGGGACUCUGUCAACCCAUGCCAUGCUGAAAGGUGUAGGAGUAGGUGACGAGACAGCUUCUGCUGCUGCUGCUACAAUCACAUGGCUACUAAGAGAUGGAACAAGUAUGACUGGCAGAAUUGCGUUUGCAUGGUAUCAAGGGUCAAGCCUGGAUAGUGAUGCUAAGAGAUGGAGAUUGUUUGCAGACAUCAUGAAUGAUGCAGCACUCUGUAUAGAGCUCAUUUCAGUAUUCUUUCCGCAAUACUUUGUCAUCAUUGCUUGCAUGUCAUCACUGUUCAAAUCUAUGGUUGGGGUUGCUGGAGGAGCAACAAGAGCUGCACUCACCAUGCAUCAAGCUCGGAGAAACAACAUGGCUGACGUAUCGGCUAAAGAUGGUUCUCAGGAAACGGUGGUGAAUUUAGCAGCUCUUUUUGUAGGUCUCAUCAUCACUCCAAUGGCAUCUAAAAACAUCCUACUGACAUGGACACUUUUCUUUCUCUGUACCUGUCUCCAUCUCUAUGCCAAUUACCGGGCAGUGACCUGCGUUGUCAUGGAAACCUUGAACCAGUCAAGGUUCCACAUCCUAGUUCAGGAUUACCUCCACAGCUCUAAUGUCAGUAUGUGUGGACCUGAUGCAGUUAAUAAGAAGGAACCUGUUAUAUGGAGACUUACAAGACCUCUAAAGCUUAACCUAGGUGUACCAUUCAACAGAGUAGCCAAAAGCAUGAGAGAUCUUGAGAUGUGUUUACAAAGCAACGGACAGGAAAGGUAUCUAUUAAGUUUGGACAUGAAAAAAGGUGAGUACUUUGUUGAGCUGUCUUAUCAUUUUGAAAUGUCGCACAAGCGUUCUGCCUCAACAUGAAUGAAAUUGAUCUGAUAGCAAUUUCCAUGAAAUCUUUGAUUUUGGUUCACCGUUAUAGAUAGUAAAUUUAAGAGGAAAAUAACUUUUUAUAUGCCCAUCCCAGACGGGACGUAUUAUGGUAUCACGCUUGGUGUCCGUCCGUCUGUUAACUCUUCCUUGUAAAUGCGAUAACUUCAGUUUGACUUAACCUAGGCUCAUAUAAUUUGGUGUGUAUGAUACUAGCAUGGAUCCCAGGAAGCCUAUUGAUUUUGAGGUCAAAAAGUCAAAGGUCAAGGUCACAAUGACAUUUUCAUCUUACCCUUCUGCAGUCCUUGUAAACGCGAUAACUUCAGUUGAACUUAACCUAGGCUCAUAUAAUUUGGCGUGUAUGAUUAUAGCAUAGAUCCCAGCAAUUCUAUUGAUUUUGAGGUCAGAAGGUCAAAGGUGUAGUCGCCACCUUCCACUUUUCUUGCUUGACCAAUAACUCCAUUUUCCAUGUUACAGGCGAGCAUAUUUUGUGCUCGCCUUAGCGACACUCUUGUUUGCAAUUGAGCUCUAGUCUAAAAGUGCUUUAGUGAUUAUACAGCAAUGAGGAAAUUGAUUGAUCUUUUUGAAAUCACAGAAUUAACGUGCUUAGCAUUUUUACUAUGUUAUAAUAAUGUUGCCUCGACAUGCUUUAACAAUAUCUUGGUAUAAAAUUGGCUUACAGAGUACACUGACCAGUGUGUAAUUGGAUAAUCAUUUACUUUUGCUUUAUUCAUUGCCUACAGAACCUUCAUGAGCUUUGACUUUCAUAUGCACUUGUUUUACUGACUGAGUUAACUCCCUUUGCACACAUUGUUAAUUAGAUUCCUUUGCUAAUUGCCUUCUCUUGUGUGCCUCUUAUUUUCUUUAUGUAAAAACAGCAAAUCAUUAUAC